AUGUUCAAAGCGGCCAACCCAUACGACGAGAUCGUGACAAAGGCGACGGACGAGAACCUGACGUCGGAAAACUGGCUCUUCAACCUCGAUGUGUGCGACAAGGUGUCCAACGAGUCGGACAAGGAGACGGGCGCGCGCAACUGCGUCGCCUCGAUUCUCAAGCGCCUCGUCCAUCGCUCGGCCAAUGUGCAGCUGUACAGCCUGACGCUGUGCGAUGCGCUGUCAAAGAACUGCGGCGUGCAGGCGCGCAGGGAGCUGGCGAGCAGGAGCUUCAUGGGCACCGUCGAGCGCGUCGUGCUGGACCGCAAUACACAUGCAAAGGUCAAGGAAAAGGCAACGGAGCUGCUCAGGAGCUGGAGCGUGGAGUGGAACACCGAGGAGGAAGAGGCGGAUCUGGGAAUGGUCAAGGAGACAAUCGACAGCCUCAAGUCCAAAGGUGGGUCUACAGCAGCCUCAAGGCGAACAGCAUCACAAGCUGUGCUGAGUUUUACUGACUUUGGGGCGUCCCGAAAAGGUGUCUCGUUUGCAACACAGAGAGAUGAGCCGCCACCGACGGAGCCAAGCUCGGAACAGCUCAGGGCUGAGGAUGAGGAGCUAAGAAAGGUAUUGGAAUUGUCGCUUCAGGAUCAGGGCGGGCGCGGUGCCCACAACGAGGGCACCGGUCUGUAUGGGGCCGGAUCUUCCUAUGGUGGCGCUUCCUCCUCGGGGCCGGCGGCGACCGCUGCGGCGCCAGCCUCUUCUGGCUAUGUCCCUGCAGCAGCAGUAGCAACAGCGUCAUCACAUGCCAACACGGGCAUCAACAAGAACCUGCCAGACCCUGCGGUCGCUCAGCCAUCUUCGACCGCUUCUUUCAGCACAGCCUCAGCACCAGCGCAAGCGCCUGCUGCAUCGAGCGCAGCCGCGGCGGCCCCUCCAGACGCGCAUCCCCCCGCUGCUUCGCGAGUCAGGGCUCUGUAUGACUUUGCGCCGACCGAGGAGGGCGAGCUGGCCUUUGCAAAGGGCGAUGUCAUCCGCGUCCUCGACUCCGUCUACGAGCACUGGUGGCGAGGCGAGCUUCGUGGAGAAGCUGGCAUCUUCCCAGUGAACUAUGUGGAAGUCCUGCCUGAGCCUUCACCAGCUGACAUUCAGCGCGAGGCGGAGCUGGAGGCACGCAUCUUUGCACAAGCCAACGACAUUGAUCGCCUCCUUUCGAAACUCCGCAGCUUGGACCCGCACCGCGACAACCUGGCCGAAGACGAGGAACUCCAAGAGCUUUACCAAUCGUCGCUGAGCAUGCGACCCAAGAUUGUCAAGCUCAUCGAUCGGUACUCGGUCAAGGUCGCGGAGCUUCGCACGAUGAACGACAAGUUCGUGCGAGCCAGAGGCACUUUUGAUCAAAUGAUGGAGCAGAGCCUGGCCAAGUACAAUCCAGGCGGACAGAGUACGGCCGACUACAUGGGAAUGAGGGAUGGCUACGGACACGUCCACCAGGCCUACGCGUCUUCCUACGGCGCCGUCUCGUCGCCGCAGCCCGUGCAAUCGCAAGCCCCUCAACAGCAGCCGCAGCAGCAACAACAACAACAUCAGCCACAGCAACAACCGCAACAGCAGCAGGAUUACACGCAAGCUUGGAACGAAUACUACGCCCAGCAGCGACAGGGCUAUGCGGCGGCACCCCAGCAGGUUCCUCAACAGCGGCCCGACGUCAACGAUCCAAAUUACGCAGCUUGGUACUACGCUCAGCAAGGACAACAGUCUCAACAGCCGCAGCAGCCUCAACAACCUCAACAGCCUCAGCAAGUUCAGCAACAGCAGCAGCAGGCUCCGCAGCAGGCUCAACAGCCCCAACAAUACGACUAUUCGGCCCACCAACAACAAGGCUCCUCGUCGUCCCAGACUGCUCAGGGCUCUUCGUCAAUCUCCCAGCAAGCGUCUGCUCCUUCCAAUGUCGCUACAGCAGCGGCAUCUGACUUGCACGACGAAGAGAAGCGCAAGCUCUUUGAGAGGGCAAGAGCAGAGGCAGAGGCAUAUCACCGAGCUCAUCAGCAACAGCUUCAGCAGCAGUCCCAGCAACAGCCCCAGCAGCAGGCCGCUCCCCUGUCUUGA